AUGUUCUUCAUCAUCGGAUUGGGACUCUGCGACGAGAAGGACAUCACAGUCCGGGGCUUGGAAGCGGUUCGAGGAGCUGCUCGCGUCUACCUCGAAGCGUACACGAGCAUAUUAUUAGUCCAGAAGGAGCGCUUGGAAGCACUCUAUGGGAAAGAUGUGAUCCUGGCGGAUCGUGACAUGGUGGAAACCAACAGUGACGCUAUCCUCGAGGACGCCGACAAGGAGGACGUCUGCUUUUUAGUGGUCGGGGACCCUUUCGGAGCCACCACGCACACGGAUAUCAUUCUCCGAGCGCGCGCGCGCAAGAUCCCAGUCCGCGUGAUCCAUAACGCCUCGAUCAUGAACGCGGUGGGCGCCUGCGGUCUGCAGCUGUAUAAUUUUGGACAGACGGUCUCACUGGUUUUCUUCACGGAUACCUGGAAGCCGAAUAGCUUCUAUGAUCGCAUCGCCGAGAACGCUGAACUCGGGAUGCACACUCUCAUUUUGCUGGACAUUAAAGUUAAGGAACAGAGCGAAGAAAAUUUGGCCAGGGGGAGGAAAAUCUACGAGCCACCGCGCUACAUGUCGAUCACAACCGCGGUCUCGCAGCUACUGGAAGUCGAGGAAACUCGUGGAAAAGGUAUUCUAGCAGGCGAAAAAACGCUCGCAAUCGCGAUGUCUCGCGUGGGCGGCCAGGAGGAGCAGCGCAUUGUAUGCGGAACGCUCGCAGAAUUACUGGCUCAGCCAGAGGAAAAAUUUGGGUCGCCUCUGCAUAGCUUGGUCAUCGUAGGGAAGAGAGUGCACCAUCUGGAGAUCGAGUACGCCAAAGAGUUCGCGGUGAAUACCGAAUCUUGGCUGGAUGUUGCGCAGCGGGUGUAUGGGUGCAGAAUGGAUUAGCCAUUCUUUGGACGACGUAUCAGGAAGCCUCAAGCCCGCAUGCACAUAUUCAGCUUUCCUUCUCUGGCUCCGGUCAGUGCGACCCAACUCCUGAGACGUCGCCGCAAAGUCUGUAUGGAGUUCCUUCGCAGCGUCAUUGCAUUCUCAUAUCCUGGUACGCUUAUUCGUCACGACCACCGAACGAAGCUGCCUAUGGAUCGCAGUCGCACAAUCAAGACAUCGAGCGAUGGGGGGCCAUACGAACUCUUCCCAGAAACAAAAAUAGCGCUCCGAGUCGCCGGGCAAACAUCUUCCUAAGACUACUUAUAUCCGAUCAUCUAGCUUGGCGACGGUUAGAGAACAGUUGGGGCGGGUGCUGACCUAUGAUGACUCUGUACGAAGUAUGCCACCGUAAACUGCUAGGGACGCAUGCCAAGGGCACAAGAUGUUUAUCCG